AUGGCCUCCGCCAGGCUAUCGCCAACGGCGAAUCUUUUGCGAAAGUCCCGUUUAUUCGCGCUUCCGAAGUCUCUCAACCCCUCGAGCGACCCCUCAACAUCACGAGCGGUGUUCGAAUCCGAUUCAGCAACUCUGCCUCACCCUAUUCGAGCAGCCAUUGUUACGCCGCAAUCAUCGCUAGCUCGAGGCGAUUGGGGUUUGAAACGACCUCUUCCUUCUAAAUCGACAUCUGAGAAAUCAUCGAGACCUGUCGUGAGAGUCAAUGCCCUCGAUAACUACGAACAUGUCACCGACUUCGAAUCCGCAGCGGACCAUACCAUGACACUCGAGAAGUUCCAAGAGCUUCAUAUGCCCAUGUCUCUUCCCUCUAAAGUCAACUACGCCACAAGCAUUCUUCCGAGGCAUCAGAGUCCAUUUGAACCACACCUUGACAACACUCAGAACAGCCUGAACGACCAAGGUAUAAACGACCCUAAAGCCAAACAAUUCAGACACUCCGGUCCUUGGAUCGCUGGACAGACAGAAGCGGAAUUUGUAGACUACAUGAAGCAAGUCAGUCGAAAGAAGCCCGAGCUUAUUCAAAAGCUGCGUGAGCAAUUGAUUGCGAAGCGGUCUGCCGAGAUCCGUAAAGAGGCCCAGGAUAAUGGAGAGGACUUGAUUGAUGAAGCUGUCACCAUCACCGACGCAGAGUUUAAGACAUAUGUCAAAACCUUGCGCAGUGACCCUAGCGCUCUUGGUCCUGCUGUCUUCGAUCUGCUCGAUCUGCCCUCCGGUCCUGCCAUCCCCAGCGAGCGCAUCGGACGCAGCUACUUCGGAGCUCCCCCAUCUAGCUUGUCCUCCACCGAAUACGCUAUCUCAGGACCCCCGAAGACACACCCAUCUGCUGGUCUUUCGUACACUCGUUCGCACGCCUUGAUCCAGAAUCACGCCCAGUAUGGCCCGCAGGCUCACCAGCGCCCCGUCGAGGCCCGCAUCUUGCGCCCUAAGGGCCGCUUCAAGGGCCGCAUGAACCGGGCUAUUGCUGGUGUCGGUGGUAUCGCCACCGAAGACUUGAAUGCCAUGGCCUUUGUUGAGCAAGGUACUCCUCCUGGUCUCACCUACUUUGAUGCCUCUAUCCCUGGUGGAGGCAAAUACUGGGUUACUCCCAUCCGUGCUUCUAUUGAUUCCCAGGGUCGCAUUGGCCUUUCAUCUUACCGCGCAAGUGCAACAGCUAAGGCUCCCUACGGACUUGAAGACCACUCCAAGCCCAACAGUCUGAACGUCUCGGGCGUGGCCAGCAGCGGUGACCAGACAGUCCCACGACUAGACAGACUCCCGCAUCAGCAACCUCGGUUCCAGUCUAGAGAUCAACCUUCCCUGAGACGCCCAAUGCGGGGGACCGAGGAUGUCGCUCGCAGCCUCCUCGACAAUCUUAACUCGAGAGAAUGA